CUCGCAAACCGUGGAUUUGCACAAAUCGAACCCAUCGCGGUUAAUUUGAAUUCUGCGCGCCGCAGAAAGAUCAGUUGUUCAGCAGGUGCCCAUGUGUUCGGAAGUGGGACAAUUUCUGCUGCGUGAAGUAUUGCUCUCCAGUGACAGGGUUUUAGAAUAACUUAGUGAAAAUACAGUUUAGUGUUUUUGUUUCUUUUUGUAACACAAGUGAAAUGGAGAACCAAUCUUAUAUCGGAGACAUCGAUGGUUCGGCUAAGACCAAAACCACACUGCCAAAAAACUACAAUGUAUCGGAUGCAAAGAUAGCAACACUCGAAAAUGGCACCCCGAAUAAUUCCCUACCAGUUCGUGACAAAUGGGGCAAAGACGUUGAGUUUAUGCUUUCCUGCAUCGCCUAUUCGGUCGGAUUUGGAAACGUCUGGAAGUUUCCCUACACAGCGCUCAAAAAUGGCGGUGGCGCGUUCCUGAUACCCUACCUGGUGGUAUUAUUUCUCGUGGGACGACCGAUCUACUAUCUGGAAAUGGUAAUGGGCCAAUUCUCCAGCCGGGGGUGUGUGAAGAUCUACGACAUGAGUCCUGCGAUGAGAGGAAUCGGCAUCGGACAAACCAUUGCCAUGUUCAUCGUGAUGACAUACUAUACACCGGUACUGGCCAUCACAUUCCGCUAUCUGGUGGCUUCGUUCAGUGCGGUGCUGCCGUGGGCCAAAUGUGAUCCAUCCUGGGCCAAUUGUAUCGAUUCGGAUUUCGUUGGAGUGGUUGCGUCCAACUCGAGUGUUCCAGCGAAAGCUUCAGCGGAGCUGUAUUUUCUGAAUUCCGUCAUGCACAAGAACUCAUCUCUGUACGAGGGAAUAGGUACUCCCGACUGGAGGCUCGUUCUCUGUCUGCUGUUUUCAUGGCUGUGCGUAGCGACCAUCCUCAUCAAGGGCAUCAGAAGCUCUGGAAAGGCGUCGUAUUUUCUAGCGAUUUUCCCCUACGUGAUCAUCAUUAUCCUUUUGGUGCACGCUUGCACGCUGAAGGGAGCCAUGAAUGGAAUUCUCUAUUUUCUCACGCCCCAGUGGGACCAACUAAUGAACGUUACGGUGUGGUAUGAAGCCGUUACGCAGUGCUUCUUCUCGCUAUCUGUUUGUUUCGGCGGUAUUAUUGCUUACUCUUCGUUCAACAAUUUCUCCAACAAUGUUUACAGGGACGCCAUGAUCAUCUCCUGGCUCGACACCUUCACCUCCAUCAUCGCCGGCUGUAUCGUGUUCGGGGUGAUCGGAAACUUGGCGUACGUCACCGAGCAGGAGGACAUCCAACAGGUGGUGAAGAGUGGUGCCGGGCUUACGUUCAUGACCUAUCCGGAUGCCAUCGCGAAGUUUGACCUGCUGCCGCAGCUAUUUUCAGCGCUGUUCUUUCUCAUGCUGUUCAUCGUCGGCCUGGGAAGCAACCUUGGGGUAACGACCAGUAUCGUCACUGCGAUUCGGGAUCAGCGUCCGUGGCUGAAAAAUUGGCAGGUUGUUUCGGUGGUGGCCAGCGCAGGAUUUCUACUCGGGAUGAUGUAUUUGACGCCCGGCGGGUUGGAUUUGUUGGAUAUUUUGGACUACUAUGGAGCCAAGUAUGUGACUCUGACGCUGGCGGUGUUCGAGCUGGUCACACUGGCUUGGAUCUACGGGGUGGAUCGAGUUUGUCGGGAUAUAAAGUUCAUGCUGAACAUCGAUACCAGUCUGUACUGGAGGAUUUGCUGGGGUAUUGUGACCCCACUGGUGACCAUUCUGAUUCUUCUACUGAGCUUCAUCGACUACACAGCUUUUUCGGUACCGAGUGGGUACAACAUUCUGGGUUGGUUCAUCUACAUCGUAGCCGUCCUACAACUACCAAUCUGGGGUUUAUACGCUGCUGCUCGAAUGAGUUCAAAAUCACUCGACUCACUGUUUGCAUCCAUCAAGAAAUCAUUCCGUCCUUUACCGGAGUGGGGCCCGGAAGACGAACAAGUGCUCGCUCGCUACAAAGAAGAGGUCGAAGAGUACAAUGCUACCGUGCCGGAAGAUAGAAAUACCGCAACAUUUAUCAGACGGAAACUGUUCAGCUGAGUCAUCAACAUUUUCUAUUGUAUCCAGAUAGAUGUGAUAAAUUUUAUGUUCAAUGGGAAGUUUUCACAUCCCGGUUAUUAGUUUAUGCUCAUUAGGUUAUAUCCAAUCCAUUCCAUUAAUGUGAAUCAUAAUAUUUAACAAUAUAUUUUAGAAACUAA